CCUCAUCGAAAGCAGAUCCUGCUUUGUUGUGAGCAUCGGUGCUGUGACUUUCCAGCGAAGUCAGCUGCUAUUUUACGACAUAUUGCGUUUGUCUGCCAUCGCAUUCAGCAGACAACAACUGUUACCAGCCUGUUUUAGGGUCUUUUUGUCGUCUUUUCUCCGGUUGGAAAGUCUAAAGCAACAAAAGUCUGGAUCUUCUGUAUAUAAACAAAACGCAGCGAACUGCUUCUUAAGGUGGAACGUCAAAGACAGAUGCGGAGAGGCUACAGUCGUCGGUUUUCCGUGUUUUAAGUUUGCUAACUUCGUUUAGGUCGCUUUACCGGUGAUGGAAACAGCCAUGCGACUCUGUUAGGGACUGAACUCCUUUUGGGAACCGUGUGAACAUGAGAGAAGAGGACAGUUUGCUGUUGGAAAGCCAGUCUAUGGCAAGCGAAAGAGGGGCUGAACGUCUCUGCUGCAGCCCCCACUUGACAGAGGAGGAAGGACUGGGACACCCGAGCUUUCCCGGUUAUCUGUCCAGGUCACAGUUGGACUAAAUCGGACUUUCCAUGGAGACUGUGGGGAAAUUUGAGUUCAGUCGGAAGGACCUGAUAGGACACGGCGCCUUUGCUGUGGUCUUCAAAGGCAGACAUCGAGAGAAACCUGACCUGGAGGUGGCAGUGAAAUGCAUAAACAAGAAAAACUUGGCCAAAUCUCAGACGCUGCUUGGGAAAGAGAUCAAAAUACUGAAGGAACUGAAACAUGAGAAUAUUGUUGCAUUACUGGACUUUCAGGAAACUGCCAGCUCAGUGUACCUAGUAAUGGAGUAUUGCAAUGGAGGAGAUCUUGCUGACUACUUACACUCCAAAGGCACUCUAAGUGAGGACACUAUUCGGGUUUUCCUGCAGCAAAUAGCAGGGGCCAUGAAAGUCCUGCAGACCAAAGGAAUAAUCCACCGGGACCUCAAACCCCAGAACAUUCUGCUGUCUUACCCAUCGGGCCGAAAGUCUCACUCCAACAACACCUGCAUCAAGAUCGCGGACUUUGGCUUUGCCAGACACCUUCAGAACAACAUGAUGGCAGCUACGCUCUGCGGCUCUCCUAUGUAUAUGGCACCUGAAGUGAUUAUGUCCCAGAACUAUGAUGCCAAGGCUGACUUGUGGAGUAUAGGAACCAUCGUGUUUCAGUGUCUGACUGGAAAAGCUCCUUUUCAGGCCAGCAGCCCUCAGGACCUCCGGCAGUUCUAUGAGAAAAACAAGAACCUUAGUCCCAAUAUCCCCAGAGAGACUUCAAGCCAUCUGAGGAACCUGCUGCUGGGUCUGCUGCAACGCAACCACAAGGAUCGCAUGGACUUUGAUGAGUUUUUUACCCAUCCUUUCCUGGAUGCCAGCUCAUCUAUUAAAAAGUCCAUCCCUGCAGUGACCAUGACCUGUUUGCCCAGUUCUGCAUCAGCCAGCUCUUGUAGCAGCUCCUCCACUUCUCACCUUGCCUCACCACCGCAGUCUCUCGCUGAGACUCAGCAUCUGCGCUCCAAAGUUCCUGCCUCUCCAACCCAGGAUGCUGCAGGUUUUCUCUUGAAGGACUCGUCUGGAGCAGGCGGCAGCAGCAAGAACUCCUCCUCUUGUGAUACAGAUGAUUUUGUAAUGGUGCCUGCUCAUUUUACAGCAGGAGAACUGACUUGUGAGAGUAAAGUACUGCAGGACAGUCUCAUGAACAGCGGUUCUCUUUUGGCUUCAGCUGGUCUGUGUAACCAAGCCAAAACACCGCCUCACUCUCCCUCCUACAGCGGCUCGCCAAGUCCUGUCAGACCCGCAGAGUUCCUGGGGAGUAAUUUCUAUGGUAGCUGUGGAAACCAUGUUCACUCAUUGCCUAUCCCAGUCCCCACUCAGGUCCAGAACUACCAGCGUAUGGAGCUGAACCUUCAGUCUCCCAAACAGGACGGCUCGCCACGGCUCUCUACGCCGGUGCGUCGCUGCAGCAGUGGGAGUCUGGUGGGUCAAACUAGAGCAGGACCCUCAGCCCCGCGGCAAGCAGUAGCCCCCAGCUCCCGCAGGCUUUCGCUGGGAGGAACCAGAACAUUCCAGAUUUCGCCGCAAGUCCUUGCAGCGCCCCAGCAUGCCGAAUCAAGGCAGACGUCUCAGCAGCCUCCGCAGGGGGCAGGGCUUGGCACGCGCCUCCACAGCGCCCCCUGUCUUUUGGAGUGUGCGACUGGUGGCGGAAGGCAUAAAAUUAAAAAACAGCACUCGGACCCUGUGGCUGUCCCCCCAUCAGGGCUGAUGACUGUCCGCCUCCCCCACUCCUCCCCCAGACUCAGUGAGCUGAUGCAGCGGAACCCCCUCCCUACCAUCCUGGGAUCCCCCUCCAGGGCCAUCCCUCCGUUUGAAUUCCCCAAACCACCAAGUUCUCCAAACCUUAUGACUUUCCUGACGCAGAGGGGUUUGGGUGUGGGUUCGCCUAGCAGCAGGACUGCCCCAGGAGAGCUCCGAGACGUUGGACAACAAGCCCCGGCGCCGUCCACCAGCCCUGCUUACUGCGUCCACAGACUGACUGAUGACAGCAGGAGCUUUGGAAGGUCACAGAGUGCCGGUCGUCUGUCGGACAUGCUGCUGAUGGCUGCCUUUGGAGCAGGAGGACACGCAGGAGACCGAGGCAGUACGGAGAACCUGGCCUCAGAAAAAGCAAUAGAUAUAACAGCUCCUCCUUGUAGUGGCUUUGCACCGGGGUCCUGCAGCCCAGCGCAGGUGAUUUUCACCGUUGGCUCUCCCCCAAGUGGCAGCACACCACCUCAGACCUCCAGACAAAGAAAAUGUUCAGGCUCCUUCAGUUCAGGAAGCCCUGCAGGCUCGCUGACCAGCCGCUACCCCCAGACAGGCCCCUAUCCUGAAGGCUUUGAGGCCCCGCCCAGCCCUCGCUACAGCUUCACUGAUCCUAUCACAGCUAACAUGGGUGGCGCUGUGACCUUUGAGGCCCCCGAGCUGCCUGAGGAGACGCUGAUGGAGCAGGAACACACAGACACCGUGCAGCGCCUGCGCUUCACUCUAGAAUUUGCGCUCUGUCUGAUGGAGGUGGCGAGCUCACGUGGUGCUGCCACGGUGGGAGGACAAGGACGAGAAUCUCACCCCGCUGUCCUCCAGCAGCAGAGCCUGGUAGCAGAUCAGAUAAGCUCAAUGAGCCGAGAGUGGAGUCAUGCAGAGCAGCUGGUGCUCUACCUUAAAACCGCAGAACUAUUGUCUACUGCCUUACAAACAGCCAUGGAGCGCGUCAAACAGGGGAAGCUUUACCCCUCUGCUACUGUCAAACAAGUGGUGAGGCGGCUGAAUGAGCUGUACAAGUCCAGCGUGGCAUCAUGUCGCUCGCUCAGCACUCGGCUGGAACACUUUUUCUCCAGGAAGCAUCGUCUGAUGGACCAAAUCUCCUCUAUCAAAGCUGAGCGGCUGCUCUUCAGCCACACAGUGCAGAUGGUUCAGACUGCUGCACUGGACGAGAUGUUCCACCAGGGGGAGGCGUCCAUCCUGCGUUACCACAAAGCUCUCCUGCUAAUGGAGGGCUUGUCUCUGUUCCUCACUGAACAGGAUGACAUCCUGAGCGUUAGCAAAUGCAAAGAAUGCAUUGAACGCCGCCUCACAGCUCUGCAAUCCGGUCUCUGUGUUUGACGCCUGACUCUCCAUUUGCACUCUAACACACAACUUACCAAAUCUCCACCCACAUUUCACGGUGUCACAUAGAAGCGCUUUUGGUUUCGCAAGAAAACCACAAGGUUUACACAGACACUGAAAGGCUGCUCACUGGAAGAUCUUUCGGUUUUCAAGGUUGGAACCAUCUCAUCUAUGGGGGUUGGACCAGCAGUGGACAUAGGGAGGACUUUGCUGCUGAACAUGGAAAUGCCAAGAAGAAGAUUUGCACCCAUUUACUGUCGAUCCAACAGCAGAGAGCAGUGUUUGCCAAGUAGUCACAUUCCUUCAUGUUGCGCUAGUUUAAAAUAAGAAAAGCUUUUUAGGAUUCAAGCAAGAUGCAGCAGCAGAAGCAAUGCAGAUAAACCUGCACAGCUGGUGAUGCAUUCUGAUAAGGACUCCAUGUAGCUAAAUAUUCUCAUAAUGUGCUUUUUUUUGUCUUAUAUCUCUGCUUUGCUCCCAUUUUUCUUCAUUUUAUCAGAUCCUUUCAUGCUUAUUGACAGAAAGUCUACAGCUUAAAGCAUAGCUACAUUUAAUUAGCAGUAGUGCAUAUUAGUACUGUUAAAAAAAAAAAAACUGCUGCCAAAUUAUUUUUAAAGGAUUUAUUGAAGUAGAUUCAUAAUCUAAUUCUGCUGGUUUGAUUUAGAGAAGAAAAGAAAAAAAAAUCUGUCUGAAAAUGUACUAUUUCUGUAUAAGCUCAAAAUGAAAGGGCCACAGCCUGUUUCACACUAUGAGGUUGUGAGGGAAGUAUUGUAAUCCUGCAGCUUUCUCUAAAGCAGAGAGGAAACAGUUAACACUCGAAACACCGUGUUUAACUAUAGAAAGAGCUGAAACUGAUCCAUUUGCAUCUUUCAUCACAAUCUUGUUCAGGAGAAUGCUGCAAUAAUCUGGGAUGCAGACAUAAGAUUGAAGUAAAUCAAAAUAACAUUAAUAGUCGGUUUCCAUAAUGCAUUUAAAAAAGUAAAACUCAUUAUGUAAUUCAUUAUGGCUUGCAGCUAUUCACAUUCCUUUCACAUUUACUGUUUUUUUCUGAUAGCUUUUUAAUUCUUUUUACCAAAGUUUUUCCUUCCACCUAACUUUCUAUAGAUGUGCUUUGAUGGAGGACUGAACCAACAGCUUUUUGGCGUCUCCCUCACCUUAUGGGGUCGUCAGUGACUCUCUGCUGAACAACUUUGACUCUCUUUGAAUCUCUUGACUCGAUAGGUUCUCUGGGAGGUUUAGGUCACCAGUCAUCCUUAGAGAUGCUGUGGUCAUUAAAGCAGGUAUUGGUAUUUUCUGCAGGUGCUGAGGCCACACCACAGCGUCUCUGUUGUUUUUACUCGAUUUUUUAAAUUUCCAAGUAAAUUAAUUUGGUGGAUUUGUAGUAGCUGUGAGCCAUAAUGGUCAAAUAGGUGAAAUAUGAGUUCAACUUUUUUUUAACAGUAUUGAUUUACUGGAAUUAAUUGACUUUUUUUAAUACCGUUCACAUUUAUUGAGAUUACUCUCAUAAGCUUUCACACUCAGUGCUGCUCAUUUCUGUGAAUUGUUUCCAGACUUUGUCAGGGUUGGGGUUUUCCUUUGUGUGUUUCAUCUCUCCAUCUUGUGGGUGUUCGGCAAGCAUAGUCAAAUAUGAAUGUAGGGGCUGUCAGGAAAGGGGAAAAUUAAAAUCAGGCUAAAGGUUGGAGGGGGUUAACAUUUAAGAUAAUCUUAAGGGCUGAAUGUUGUUUUUGUUUUUUUUGCACUGUUUAUGUACUGUAUAGAUAGAAGAGUAUGUUAAAUAUGUUAAAAGUGUGCAGUUUGUGUAGCCUUGCUCAUUUAGAGACAUCUGCUUACUCAUUUUAGCGCAUACCUAGUUGCUUUUAAAGUUAUAAAAUCGUGUAUGUUAUUAUGUGAAGAGUGACGAGAAGGAAAUAGUGUAUAGCUGGGCUUCUAUAAGGGGAAAGAAGAAAAUUAACACUGAAGCAAAUGUCGCAGUUCUUGUUUUGAGCUUUAAUUGACCUUUUUUUUUUAUUAUUUUGGGUUGUUGUUAAAGGCUCUGCACCACUUUAGAGUAGAAUCUGCUUGAUUUGUUUAGAGUUGUUUACCUUAACCAAGCUUAAAUAGGAAGAGUUCUCGACUCUGCUUGAUUGGUUGUGUUUGAUGGGUUGAGUGCAUGAAAGUGAGAUUUAGUAGGCCUGUUAUUUAACAUGCUGAUUGGCGGGUGGACAAAUUUAGCGCAGAAAGAGAGACAUAGAUCUAUGCUUAUGAGAAGCAGAACCUGUCACUCUGAAGUAAUUCACAUCUCAACCCACCGAUAUCCUAUUUUACUCUAGAUGUCAUUUCCUCUGAAACCCAAGGUGGUUUUUGAGUGCAUAGUUUCUAAAAUGAUGGUGUGCGAGCUCAGCUAAAGAUGCUGUUCACCCUCACAGCAGCGCAAUCGGCAGGACAGGCUGAGAAUAAUUUAUUGAUCCAGAAAUGUUUGUUUUUUCUCUGAGUCUCCCAAGAGUACAUUCCUAGUAUUAUUAAAUUCCUCCACAGGCUUUGUGUCACUACAUUUGCUGCGCUGUUCUUCAAAGAAUCAGGCGGCUAAAAAACUGAUGCAUGUGUCACUUUUUUCUCUUUUGUUUAUAUCUUUCCAUACAAUCAUUGCCAGGUUAGUGGAAAAAAAUGCCCUUUGAUUUUAAAAGUUGUCAAUUUUAUUUCGGUUUUUGUAUGUUUUCUAAAAUAACACAUUGUUUCCAUUUUCCCUCUGAGUAAUUAUGUAUCACCUGUUUAAUUUCUAAGUUAUUGUUGGCGUUUAUUCAACCCAUCAGCCGGGAGAUGAUGGUUUGGGCUACCUGAACAUUCCCAAAGACUAUUGAGCUUUCUGCUUGAUCUUCCACAUUCUCUCUCUUGCAAAAGCAGUUUUAAUGUUUUCAUAUCAAUAAUAGACGCACUAUCUCUAUACCCCUGCUGAUGAUGUAAUCUCUACUGUUUGGGGAGUUCCGUCAUGAAUAAAGUGAAUGGAA